AUGACAUUCCUAGUGGAUGAGUUGAAUCAAAGGAGUGGAUGCCAAAUACCCCGGCCUAAGGUGUGCUAUUACUACUGCCGAGAUGAUGAAUCUGGACAAGCCGUCAGUAUCUUGUCCGGAUUGAUCUUGGCGCUGCUUGAACAGCUUACUGGCCUGAAGAAGACGUUUUAUGAAUGGUACAAGGAAAAUCAAGCAUCCGGAACCCUAGAACCGGCAUCGAGCGCAAGCAAGUUGGGAGAAUUCAUGGAGUUGGUUCUGGCAACGCUCGACCGCACACUCUUUAUUGUUAUCGAUGGUCUCGACGAGCUCAAAAUCCUUCUCUCUUCGCGGCCGGAAGAAGAGAUCCUGGAGCAGCUGACUCAAACGACCAGAAUCACUUUGGAGUCCAACGUUGACAGAGAUGGUGUCAUUGUCCGACAUACCGUCCAAGAGCAACUGUCCUAUCUUUCAAAGGAUGUCAAGGAACUCGUGAUAGAAACUUUGUCUCGUUUGGCACAGGGAAGCGCUAUAUGGACAAAGAUGACUGUCGAGCUCAUUGAAGUUCGUAAGAUCAAAGCGCUUGCGCCGAUGCGUCUUUUCUUGAAGGAGAUGUCUUUACCAGGGCAGCUCUCGAAACUUUAUACCACCUUACUCUCACGGAACUCUUCGAACGAUCCAGAGAAUGAAGAGCUUGCAGCUCUAGCCUUGAAGCUUCUCUCUGCCGCGUGUAGACCUCUCAGCAUCCAAGAGCUUACCUGGGCCGUGGCAUUAGCCGCGGCUCAAUACGAGGUUAGAACUGUUGCUGCUCUUGCUGAACUAGUCGACCAUCAAAGAGUGAUGAGUCUGAUCUAUCCUUUCGUCGCUCGUGUUGAUUUCACAGAUCUCAGAAAGCGUCAAGUCCGACUCGUCCACCAGUCAGUGAAGGAAUUUGUUGUACGAGACUGGUCAUAUCUUAAGGGGUUUAACACCUCCUCAGCGUCUAGGCAAGCGAUUGCGCCUCGGAUCGAGAACUUGGAAGCGUUCAUGUUAGACGUCUGCAUCAAAUAUCUCCUGCUCGAAGAAGUCGGCACUGUUCCUCUUUUCUCUGAGGAGCAAAUUGGAAUUGACGAGCUCCCUCAAGAUUUCGACUUGUUCAGCGACCGGAAGUCCUUCGAGUACACUGUCGAGUGCACAUGGGAAGAGUGGGAAGAAGAUAUGAUACGCUACGAUCCGGCUGAACGUGGCUUUGGUGAAUUCUUCGUUUACGCAUCCAGCCACUGGCUCAAGCACUUCGGUGCCACCGAAAGGGGUCCUUUCCCAUCCUUAUCAAAGCUAGAGCGUCUUUGUCAAGCAGGUUCAAUGCGACUGGACAACUGGACCAAUCAAAACUGUCGUCCAGGUUGCGCUAUCAAAGCCAGGUUCGAUUUUGACAGUCGGCUAUACGAUCCACUUAGCAUCACUUCACUUUACGGCUCAGACGCAAUCCUGCGCGAUAUGCUCCAGAACUCGGACUUCGCUAACGAGAACUAUCUUUGUUCACCAGCUGUCUGUGCUGCCGACCAUGUUUUGCAGUGGGGUGAUUUAUCAAAGCUCAAGACACUCUUCUUGGAAGGCAAAAUUCGCCAUCAGCUUCGCAACCUUGAGUUCUUCCGACUGGUCAUCAAGAGAUGGUCUGAUUAUGGUUCACGCCAUGAAAAUUGGGCAGAAGUUUUCGAUCUUGUCGACAACAUAAUGGACGUACUUGUGAAAGAACAAUGGGGAAACGAACUUCUAUGCGUAGCUGCUCGCGCCGGCUGCCUACCGAUGAUGCAGCGAUUACUCGAUCGCGCACAGCACAUGGAGGGGCUGAGGACUGAGCUGUGGCGUGACUCGCGACCGAUUGCCGAGGCUAUCUUGGGGAACCACGCGGAUGCGGUAGAAUAUUUACUGAGUGAGACCGAUUUGGAGUACAUUGCAACCCAGCAAUCGUCCGACUUCUACUUCCCCGCGUACAGAGAGUCGUCCACCAGGUUGACAGCAAUGGAGAAACAGCCCUAA